GAUCGGGAGCGGCCCGUGGAGUCGGAGCGCGCCAUGGAGGCGGCGGCGGGCGGUCGCGGCGGCUUCCAGCCGCACCCGGGGCUGCAGAAGACGCUGGAGCAGUUCCACCUGAGCUCCAUGAGCUCGCUGGGCGGCCUGGCCGCCUUCUCGGCGCGCUGGGCGCAGGAGGCCUACAAGAAGGAGGGCGCCAAGGAAGCGGGCGCGGCCGCGGUGCCGGCGCCGGUCCCUGCGGCCGCCGAGCCGCCGCCCGUGCUGCACCUGCCCGCCAUCCAGCCGCCGCCGCCCGUGCUGCCCGGGCCCUUCUUCAUGCCGUCCGACCGCUCCACCGAGCGCUGCGAGACCGUCCUGGAGGGCGAGACCAUCUCGUGCUUCGUGGUGGGCGGCGAGAAGCGCCUGUGCCUGCCGCAGAUCCUCAACUCGGUGCUGCGCGACUUCUCGCUGCAGCAGAUCAACUCGGUGUGCGACGAGCUGCACAUCUACUGCUCGCGCUGCACGGCCGACUGGCUGGAGAUCCUCAAAGUCAUGGGCAUCCUGCCCUUCUCGGCGCCCUCGUGCGGGCUCAUCACCAAGACGGACGCGGAGCGCCUGUGCAACGCGCUGCUCUACGGAGGCGUCUACCCGCCGCCCUGCAAGAAGGAGCUGGCCGCCAGCCUGGCGCUGGGCCUGGAGCUGCGCGAGCGCAGCGUGCGCGUGUACCACGAGUGCUUCGGCAAGUGCAAGGGGCUGCUGGUGCCCGAGCUCUACAGCAGCCCGAGCGCCGCCUGCAUCCAGUGCCUCGACUGCCGCCUCAUGUACCCGCCGCACAAGUUCGUGGUGCACUCGCACAAGGCCCUGGAGAACCGGACCUGCCACUGGGGCUUCGACUCCGCCAGCUGGCGGGCCUACAUCUUGCUGAGCCAGGACUACACAGGCAAGGAGGAGCAGGCCCGCCUGGGCCGCUGCCUGGACGACGUGAAGGAGAAGUUCGACUACGGCAACAAGUACAAGCGGCGGGUGCCCCUGGUCUCCUCUGAGCCCCCCGUCUCCAUCCGAAAAACAGACGAUGCUCCCUCCCAGCACCCCACGUCUUCUGAGAAGGACAAACAGUCCAGCUGGCUGCGGACCCUGGCCAGCUCCUCCAGCAAGAGCCUGGGCUGUGCUCACCCUCGCCAGCGCCUCUCCGCCUUCCGACCCUGGUCCCCUGCCGUCUCUGCCAGUGACAAGGAGCUCUCCCCCCACCUCCCAGCCCUGAUUCGCGACAGCUUUUACUCCUACAAGAGCUUCGAGACCGGUGUGGCCCCCAACGUGGCCGUGGCCCCACCGGCCCAGCAGAAGGUGGUGAGCAGCCCGCCAAGUGCCACCAUCGUCUCCCGGGCCCCCGAGCCCCUCGCCACCUGCAUCCAGCCGCGGAAGCGGAAGUUGGCAGUGGACAUGCCUGGGGCCACAGAGACACAGGCGCCCACAGUCACCCCGGAGGACGACAAGGACUCAGAGGCAGAGGUGGAGGUGGAGAGCAGAGAGGAAUUCACCUCCUCCCUGUCCUCGCUCUCCUCUCCGUCCUUUACCACAUCACCUUUAUUCACUACCUUGGGGACCGGCACCUCUCAGGUUCCGCCGCCCAGGAAGCCGCAUCCAGAACAGUGA